CAGUCAGACUUUGAACUGUGCACUGGCGCUCAUCGCUGCUAAUCUCUGACCGCUGCUUGUCAUCAACAACGCUGCCGCUGACACUUAUUCCCGACGAGCUCAGUUCUGUAGAUUAGGAUGAACAGUCGCUAACAGGGGCAGGAAACCCGAGGGCAAUACCGUAGGGACCGAGCGGAGAUUAAACGCUAGCUACACCGUUUAACGUUCACGUUACUCGGGAGUUGCGAUGGUCCAGGCAAGGGAUAUUUUUUUAGCCUUGCUUCUCGUGAGCUGUACAGUUUCAUUGGAAGUACAGAUCACACCAACCCAUGGUGAGAUUAGUCUUGGAGAGUCCAAAUUCUUUGUGUGUGAAGUUGUAGGCGUUGCCAAGCACAUAGACUGGUUUGGACCAAGCGGGGACAGGAUAGAGCCGAACAGACAAGACACAACAGUAACCCGUAACGAUGAGUCAUCUUCCACCCUCACGCUGUAUAAAGCCGGGACGGAAAGUGCUGGGACAUACAAGUGUGUCGCUACCAAUGGAGACCAGCAAGCGGAGUCGACAGUCAAAGUGAAGAUCUUCCAAAAAAUCACCUUUCAAAACGCGCCCUCACCCCAAGAGUUUACUGAAGGAGACAAUGCCAACAUUGUUUGUGAUGUUGUUAGUUCACCUCCACCCACUGUCCUCUGGAAAUAUAAAGGAGCAAAAAUACAGAUGGAAAAAGAUGUUCGGUUUAAAGUACUGAACAACAAUCACCUUCAAAUCCGUGGCAUAAAGAAGACGGAUGAGGGCUUGUAUACCUGCGAGGGUCGCCUGAUGGCGCGCGGCGAGAUUGAUCUGCGUGUCAUCAAGGUCGUUGUGAAUGUGCUCCCGACAAUCAGGAUAUGGCAGUCAGAGGUAAAUGCUACAGCAGACGUUUUGCAGCCGGCCAUCCUGACUUGUGCUGUUGAUGGUUAUCCUGAACCCAUGGUGACCUGGACAAGGAACGAAGUGAACCUUGAGGCAGGAGAGAAGUACAGCUUUAAUGAAGAUGGCUCAGAAAUGACGAUAAUGGAUGUUACCAAACUGGAUGAAGGAGAGUACACCUGCAUUGCCAAGAACAAGGCUGGAGAAACUGAAAAGGAACUCAGUCUGAAAGUGUUUGUCAAACCUAACAUCACAUACAUCAUAAACCAGACUGCUACCGAGAUGGAAGAACAGGUAACCCUGACUUGCGAGGCGUCAGGGGACCCAACUCCCACCAUUACCUGGAGCUACGGAGGUCAUGUCUUCACAGAAGGAGAGCAGGCACAUCUAAACAGGAUCUAUCAGGCAUCAUGGACUCGGCCUGAGCAACACAAGAGCCCGGAUGGAAAUGUAGUGGUGAGGAGUCACGCUCGUGUGUCCUCCCUCACUCUGAAGUAUGUCAAGUAUACAGAUGCUGGUCAGUACCUCUGUACAGCACACAGCGCCAUCGGAGAGGAUUAUCAAACAGCAUAUAUGGAGGUCCGCUAUACUCCUAAGAUAAAUGGUACAGUGGCAGUGUAUACCUGGGAGGGAAAUCCUGCCAAUAUCAGCUGUGAGGUCAAGGCUCAUCCCAGUGAUGUCUCUAUUGUGUGGCUGAGAGACGGGUUGCAGCUCCCCAACUCAAACACCACCAACAUUAAGAUCUUCAGGACUCCCUCAGCCAGCUACCUGCAGAUAACCCCCGAGUCUGAAAAUGACUUUGGAAGCUAUAACUGCACUGCUUCAAAUGAGAUGGGCACAGAGUCCAAGGAGUUCCUGCUCAUUCAGGCUGAGGUUCCGUCAGCUCCAUCCAUCGUGGAGGUGAGGCCAUUCUCCACCACAGCACUGAUCCAGUUUCAGGAGCCUGAAUCCACUGGAGGCGUUCCUGUCCUCAAAUAUAGAGCUCAGUGGAGGAUGCGUGGCAGAGGCAGCUGGGUGCAGAAAGUCUAUGAAGUCCAAGAUGGCUCCAUUGGUGAGGUAACAGUCACAGGCCUGAAGCCAGACACAAGCUACGAAGUGAAGUUGUCAGCCGUCAACGGCAAGGGUGAAGGUGAAAGCUGCAACGCUGCGUUCUUGAAGACGGAGCCUGUUCGGAAUCCUAAUCCUCCUAAACUUGAAGGAGCACUUCAACGUAAAGGCAACUCCCUCAGAGUCAGCUGGAUCAAGCAGGAUGACGGUGGCUCUCCCAUCUUACAUUAUCUUAUCCGUUAUAAACCAGUGCAGUCUUCAGAGUGGAAACCAGAAAUCCGGCUGCCCAGUGUCAGUGAUCACAUAGUUCUCAGUGGGUUAGAGUGGGACACAGAGUACAACAUCUAUGUGGUGGCAGAGAAUCAGAAGGGCAAGUCUCAACCAGCAACCAUGUCCUUCAGGACUUCUUCAGAGCCAGAGGCCAUCCCAGAUUUAAGUGAAGAGUCUCCGCUCUCCAUGGGCAUCAUGCUCUGGGCAGGAAUCCUCGUUGUAGUAUUUGUACUCCUGCUCCUGGCUGUGGAUGUCACCUGUUACUUUGUUAACAAAUGUGGCCUCAUCAUGUGUCUCUGCGGCAAGUCGGCCACAGGGACCAAAGGGCACAACUUAGAGGAGGGCAAGGCAGCCUUCAUGAAAGAUGAGUCCAAAGAGCCAAUAGUGGAAGUCAGAACAGAGGAUGAGUGCUCAGCCAAUCAUAACGCAGCAGGACCCGUAGAGCCGAAUGAAACCACACCUCUCACAGAGCCAGAGAAGGCGGCUUACACUGCUGCUCUGGCACUGGACACCCUCUCCUCCGUAGCCACCAACUCUGACACAGCCACUGCAACAAUUGAUCCCGCUCAGGACAGCCCCUCUAGUGAAACCACUACCCUCACUUGUAGCCUGUCCACCCCAGCCAACGAACCCUCACCCACCCCUGUCCUGGCUCCGGCCCCGACUCCAGAAUCGAACAUGGCCCCGCCACCCCCCCUCGUCUCCACAGCUGCCGUUGAAGCUAAAAUGGCCCCGCUAAUAGAACAAAGAGGAAGAGACGCCGCAGAAGAACAGGAGAAAUUAAACACUCCUCCUUGCACCCCCGAACAGAUCAAACCUCAAAAAUCUGGGACGCCAAUACCACCGAAGCGUAGACACUCUCCUAAACUUGCUGCUCUGAAUGCUAAAAGUAGUCCCCCUGUUUCUCCUCUGGCUGUCUCUCCUGUAUCCUCCUCUCCCACUUUAGACAACAGGAAACUUGCUCCAAGCCCACCAGUCACUAAACCUCCCACACAGCCAAACACCUUACACACAGCCUUAAAUCCAGAGCCACCAGUACAAACUGCCUCAUGUCUAGCAACUACUGCCCCUGCACCAGACCCAGAUUCAAAACCUACAGCCCCAGAUUCCAGUGGGCGUAGCCUUACUGCCUUUAACAAAGACAAAACUGUUGAUCAACCUGCUGACAGUACCACGCCCACUGCCAGAGUUGCUACUACUAGUUCACCUGCAGUGAUCCACGGUGUUUCUGAAGACCUGGAUGCUGUAAACCCUGGUUCUCUAGUUUCAGGCAUUCCCUCACCUUUACCUGUUACUCCUAUUCCUUCCAAUCCUGUCCCUGUGAAUCUUGAGGCGUUGCCAUCGAACAACCUUCUUAUAUCAGCGUCAGACACAUAUGACUUACUGACCCCUGACAUGGGGCCCAAAAAUGCAGAUUUAGACUUAGAGAUGAUAAACGGGACAGAAAGACCCGCCAUGCCCCCCGCUGACCUCAUUAGCUUAGACAGCCCGCCAGCUGCCCCCUCUCUACCCAAUGGAGACGAAGCAGACCCCCCCUCAGGCCCAGUUCUACAGCCAUCAGAGACUCUGGCCAAGACUGCUCCUCCUGUCAACGAUGAGAAGAUUUUUUCUGAUGAGAAGGGCAAACUUGAGGAGGGAGGCUUACCAAACACCCUGAUCUCUGCAGAACACAACAGUGUCAUACAGACAAAUACAGCCGAGAGCAAAGCAUGAUGGGCCGGGGACAUCCCAGCCCUAUCCAAAACAUUUUGCAGCAGCAGCAUCGAGCAAGAAACACUGCAGGAGUUUUUGGUUUCCAGUGCCCUUAUCUCCACACUCAAAACAACACGCGUGUCGAUUGGUUAGAGCGCACUUUGACUGUGCUUUCAUUUCUGCUCUCAUUCAUGAAAUGUUUACUACACCCAAGGAGUUUAUCUGUAGGUCAUAAGAGAUUUAUUUUAUUUUUUUAUUAUUAUUUUAUUUAACCAGUCAGGAAGAUUAAGAACAAUCUCUAAUUAUACAGAUCGCUUAUACAUAUAUAUAUAUAUAUAUAUAUAUUAAAAAAAAAUUAGACUCUACUUUCUAUUGUGCUUAUAGUUUGGACUGCAAUUGCGCAAAAGUAUUGGAUUCUUAUGAGAAAUGUAAAUGUAAAAAAACAACUGACUAUAGAAAUUAUUUUUCUUAUUUUCAUGUUCUAAUGUUCAAAUGUAAACGUUUUUUUCAGCAUUUUUUUAAGUUUGACUUCUUUUGUGGGCUAGUCUCAUUAAAUAGCUUGUUCUGCAUGUCUGACCUGCAAUUGGUUGUGAAGUUUUGUUUACAAGGUUUACUGUUUCACUUCGUCUGCUACGGGGAUGUUUAAUCACGCGCAGAUAUGCUGGCAUUGAUUAAACAUACACUCGAGUUCGGCCUUUGGAUUAUAGCCAUUUUUUAUGGUUAUAUGAAAUCCAGGAUUAACCCACAGCCAGCUGCAGGGGGGAAAGAGGCUGAGAGAAUCCCACAAGUACACGAUGUGCAUGAUUUGAUCUGAUUUAGACCAUUUCUGGAUCAAAUUUAUUCAGUCUGUCACUGCCUUACCAGAUUGGUAGUUAAAAUAUUCAUUAAUAAAAUGUAUUUGAUUUAGAAAAAAAAAGGCGACUCCUUGAACACUAACAGUCACAGACCAAAAAAACCAAACAAACAGGAGGCAGCACAGCUGCUGAUUCUCAGCCGCUGGUUGAAGAACUGUGGAUCAAGCGAAUGUCUUGUGAUCUCAAGCUAAAUUUAUUUGUUUGGGGGACGACUAUGAGAGCUGUAGUUCUUCCUCCCAUUUACGCAGAUCAAAGGUCUGGCUUCAUAGUUUUGAGUUGUGCAUUUGAAGCAAAAAAAAAUAAAAAAAUUUAAAAAAGGAAAUUUAAAAAAGCAUUUUUGUACUAUUUAAAAACUACAAAGAUUUCUUUUCUGUUCCUGCCUGCAAGCUUGUGCACUGUGCCUGUGUGUCAAUAGAUUGUCUUGUCAUCAGUUUCUAUGAUAAUCUGCAUAGCUUCGUUGUGAGAAAUUUAGCCUAUUCUUUUUAUUUGAUGUAUUAUUAGAAGAAAAAGUACGAUAAAUGGACUAAUGUGGUCAUUAUAACACGUGUAGUGUAUGAAACUGUCCGUCUCUGGUCACAGCACCAUAUUAUCGCCAGCUGUAGUGAAGGAAGGCGUUUCAAGCCUCGGCAUGAAUUCAGUCAGUACAUCAUAACGUAUAACUACAAGGCAGAUAGACAUGCCCGUGUUUGUAUGGGGGCAAAUAGUGCUCAUAUUGAUUUAAUGAGUGUUACCUUUGGGGCUUGCUCUGGCAUAAUUAUACACAUUGCUUUUAUUUUUUUUCCCCCCAGUUGUUAUUCAAGUGUUCUGUAAUGUGAUCUCUGAAAUUAUUUUUUUUUUAGUUUUUGUCUUUUUGUACAAAAAUCACUCACCAAGAGCGACUGCUUGACCGAUACCAUUGGCAGGAAGCAAGGUGGUCCACCUAAGACAGAUGAUCAUACUUUUUUUUGUACCAUCACAAAAAUCAGAUAGUUUUAAAGUAGGACUAAAAGAAGAGCUUUACUCUCCUUGUACUCCAGUGCUGUCACCAGACCACCUUGCUCUCUCGCCUCUGGAUGCUCCUUUUGGUUUUAUUGGGUCAAACUCAGAAAAUAUCUGUUGUGUACAGUCUGAGUGCUAACCCAUUUACAAAAUAAAAUGGUUUCCAAAUCUAA